CUCGCUCCAUGCCUUCUCUACUCUCUCUUCAUUCUCUCCUAAGCUAUGGCGAGAAGAGAAGGAGAAGUGACGGAGACCCUUCUGAAAAAGUCGACGGAGAAUCGCGGAGAAGAUCGGGAUGGGUUAGGGAUGAAGGAGAAGGUUUGGAGGGAAUCUAAAAAGCUAUGGGUUGUGGCUGGGCCGGCGAUCUUUACGAGGUUCUCCACGUCCGGACUAUCUUUGAUAAGUCAAGCUUUCAUUGGCCAUCUUGGCUCUACCGAGUUGGCCGCUUACUCCAUCACUCUCACCGUUCUCCUCCGUUUUAGUAAUGGUAUCUUGUUAGGCAUGGCUAGUGCGCUAGAAACACUAUGUGGUCAAGCCUAUGGAGCAAAACAAUAUCAUAUGCUUGGGAUCUACCUCCAAAGAUCAUGGAUCGUCCUCACAGGCUGUACCAUUUGCCUUAUGCCCAUCUACAUCUUUGCAGGCCCUAUUCUCUUGGCUUUAGGUCAAGAGGAACGCCUUGUUCGUGUGGCUCGGAUCAUAGCUCUAUGGGUCAUAGGCAUCAACAUCUCCUUUGUGCCUUCCUUCACUUGCCAAAUGUUCCUCCAAGCUCAGAGUAAGAACAAGAUCAUCGCCUACGUUGCUGCUGUUUCGUUAGGAGUCCAUGUCUUCUUGUCGUGGCUUCUAGUGGUUCAUUUUGAUUUCGGGAUCGCUGGUGCCAUGACCUCUUCGCUCGUAGCACAUUGGUUGCCUAACAUUGCGCAGGUUUUAUUUGUCACAUGCGGUGGAUGUACGGAAACGUGGAGAGGAUUCUCUUGGUUGGCUUUCAAGGAUCUUUGGCCCGUUUUUAAACUAUCUGUAUCUUCCGGUGGCAUGAUUUGCUUGGAGCUAUGGUACAACUCGAUCUUGAUUCUGCUCACGGGAAACUUGAAAAACGCUGAGGUUGCUCUUAACGCACUUGCAAUCUGCAUCAAUAUAAAUGCACUGGAGAUGAUGGUAGCCUUCGGCUUCAUGGCAGCAGCAAGUGUAAGAGUUUCAAACGAGAUCGGGAGUGGGAAUUCUAAUGGAGCCAAAUUUGCAACAAUGGUUGUGGUUUCGACAUCACUUUCGAUAGGAAUCAUCUUCUUCUUUAUCUUCCUGUUUUUAAGAGAAAGGGUUUCAUACAUUUUUACAACAAGUGAAGCUGUUGCCACACAAGUAGCCGAUCUUUCUCCACUCUUGGCCUUCUCCAUUCUCUUGAACAGUAUUCAACCAGUUCUCUCUGGAGUUGCUGUUGGAGCGGGAUGGCAGAAAUAUGUUACGGUCGUUAACCUUGCUUGCUAUUACCUUGUUGGAAUUCCUUCCGGUCUUUUUCUUGGCUAUGUCGUUGGUUUACAAGUCAAAGGUGUUUGGUUAGGAAUGAUUUUCGGAAUCUUCGUUCAGACUUGCGUGCUUACAGUAAUGACUAUGAGAACAGACUGGGAUCAACAGGUUUGCAAAUCGAAUAUUAUUGGAUUUUUAGUAGAAAAUUAUAAGUAUUUUUUUUUGGUUAUAAUAUAAGAACUGACUUGUAUAUAUACAUUACUCCUUAUUGUUAUAAAUAAUGCAGGUGUCUUCGUCGUUGAAACGUUUGAACCGUUGGGUUGAACCAGAAUCCCCAAGUCGAAACCAAACUUUACAAAACGAAUGAUGGUGAAGAUUGAAGUAAAACUUGAGUUUGUAUUCGAAUUUUGAAUUUCUACUUCACCCUCGAAUGUACACACUUGCGUAAAAUGUAAAUGUGAAACAAGUGGUAACGAAUUUGGACCACUAAAGUAUCAGUCCUUAACUCAGUGAUCAUUUUCACCUACUAAACUAGGAAUCUUUAAGA